AUGAUACCAGAGCCUAUUGAUCCCGCUUUGCUCCGCGAACAUGCGUUUCAAGACAUUGGGGACCUUGAUAUCGUGCUAGCGAAGGAAACGUAUACGGAUUUUGGAGGAUUCAAAUCGAUAUUCCAGUACGGGUUAGGAUAUUUCAACUACGGAUUUGGACUUGACCGAGAGGUGCAUGAACGCAGCUUAAGUUGUGUUUUGAAAUCCUACAUUGUGGGCCACUAUGUCGUGUUCAGUUUCGUGGCAUUGGUUCUGGCCGUGCUAUGCUAUAUCGCUCUCAUGCAGGUCCAAGGGAGCUUCAGAAGCACUAACUCCACUAAAGCCGACAAAGACGGCGACAAUGUGUACUAUGUGAAGGUUUAA